AUGUCCGUUCCGGAUACUGAACUUCCUUCCAGUCAAGAACUACUCCAUCAUGAGCCUGUUCCAGUUGAAGACAACUCCUCCUCAGACAACCUGAAGGCGAUCUGGAGACAACGUAUCAGAAAUGCCUUGCGGUUCGCUUCCGCUGCCUCUAUCGAAGGCGAUAUCUCCAUUGCGGCAUCUGCAACCCCACACUUCAUCCGAGCCUUUGAGUACGCACCCAUGGAUGCAGCCAUACUUCUCCCUCGAUCCCUUCCACCUGACACAACACUGAGUAUCACUGAUCGUCUUUUUUCGCUGUGGGCUCGCUUUCGCAACAAUAAUGGCAAGAUUCUAAUACCAAUUGAUAUCAAGUCCUUUGCGUGGCAUGUGGCAUCGCAGACCCAUGCCGGACGAACCACCAAACACCUCAAAGGCCUCGUGUACAGUGGUCCUGAACAAGUCAAGCACUGUCAAGCACUUAUCAUCGCAACUGCGGCAGAUGCUAAUUGGGUAGCAUUUGUGCCUCGAUUCUACUACAAAAAGAUGGACACCAAGGCUACCUCCAGAGGAGGGCAAUUUUUCAGUAUCGGAAAUUUGAAUGUGUCGAUGGCUCAAUUCAACCCCCUUCCCCCCAUCCUCGCUCCUUUUGUCAUGCCGAAGCAUGAUCUCCCGAAAGCUAUCGAAAAUAUGGCUGAGCAUUUUGAGGACAGUCAGAUCAAAUUGCGAAAUCCGUAUUCAGGCAAUGAGUACAUCUCAGAUGUCGAUGUUCAGGCUCAGAGCAUUCGAACCAUCAAACCCGAAAAUGGCCCGGAAGCAACUUUACGAUACAAAAUUUGGCAAGCGUUCAAAGAUCCUGCAAACAGUACAGAUGGGUCACCAGAGUUCAUAAUGGAGAACCCAGUCUGUUCACCAAUAACUUCAGACAUCCGAAUUGACCACGUUACCGGACGAUCCGUUUUCCUCGAAUUGAAGCAAAAACAUGCCCAAAUCUCUGAGAGCGGAAAGCGACUUGAGCACCUCCAGCAUACUCUGGGAUACCGUGAUAGAGGUAUUUUUACUUUUCGAGCUUCAUGGGACUACCUUCUCACCAUGAUCGACGACAACGUUGGAUAUCUCAUCCGUAAGGAUGAUAUUCCACGAGCAUGGUGGCACCAAGAAGUCUCAAUUGAGAUCUCAUCCGCCCGGUGGCUCAAACAUGAUUUUCCAGAUCGCUCAUUCCUCGCCCAUCGUCGUGUGAAGUUCAAUGCUACAGCCCAGAACAUAUACAUGGAUUUUGUCCGUAUCUUGAAAGACCGUCACGGUGAACUGAUGUUCUCAGAACUGAGCGCAGAGAACAUUCGUACAUUUGCUGGUCCCUGUCCAUCUCGUCUCUUGGGCUUCGCCUCUGAUCAAGAUACUGUUGAUGGUGAGCUUCAAGUACUGAAUGAGGUCGGAGAAGAGCAAGAUCCGGUCUCUGAAGAGGAAGAAGCUCAAGAAGACUCUCGCUGGGGGCAUGCUCGUGUAUUCAAAACUACGCGAACUGAUCCUCGUCGUCUGAUCACAGGGAGACGUGAUGCUGGUCAAGAUGCAACGUUGUUUAUGCCCUUGAUGGAUGAAUGUCGACGAACAGGUAUGGGCUGUAUGAUCGACCUUGGCAAAUGGCAUCCUUUUGGUAGAAUGGCUAUGGUUCAGUGGUGCUGGAGUGAGGAAGAAAAGGGCGUGUAUGACCGUACUGGCAAACCACCAUGCUGGACAGGGAUGCUUCCGUCAACCACACUCAUGGUCACGCUAUGCAGUCAAUGGAGCAGAUGGAGACUUGGUUACGCGCCUAACGAGGGCAGCCGUGGUGAAGUCCAAGCCUACCUUACUGCCCACCCUUGCAUUGUGGUUUGCUCCUCAUUGGUCAAGGAAGAGGCACAUAAACUUUUGCAUCGAUGGGUUGUACCGUCGGAAUUCAUGCCUCCAGUUCAUGUCGGUGAAUUGAGAAAAGACAAUCGAAUGCGGAAGGGACCUCUUUUCCUGGAGCAAGGACACGGUAUUGAAGAAUUCGUUGUUGCGGAGGCAGAACUUCAUCGAAAUAUUCUUCAGUUUUUUAAUGGUGAGGAGUCUAUCCAAAUUGGCCUUGGUGCUGUGGUCAUCAAGCAACCACGAUCUUACCUGAAGACCAUUGGGGACUACAAGAAGCGUGCUGAAGCCGACUUCAAUUCGGGAGAUCAUGGACGGACUCUAGUCAUCUCACAACUGGAUGAAGAGGCCUGA